CACAUACUGAUACACCUCCUUCAUUGCCCCAUUGACAGUACCAUUUAAACCCUAUCACCUUUACUUCCUACUCCCCCUAUUCAAAACAACUCAACUCAUCAUGUUCGCCCGUCACUGCUCCCGCCUCGUCGCCUCGCGGACCGCCCGGCCGCUGUCCGCCCACCUGCGAACAUACACCUCCGCAACCUCGGCAUACGAGCACAUCCUCACCUCGACCCCCAAGCCGGGAGUGGGACUAAUCACCCUCAACCGCCCCAAAGCCCUAAACGCCCUCUCCAGCCCCCUCUUCCGCGAACUCAACGAUGCCCUCACCCAAUACGACGAAGACAAGGACAUUGGCGCCAUCAUCAUCACGGGCAGCGAGAAAGCGUUCGCAGCCGGCGCCGACAUCAAAGAAAUGGCCCCCCUAACCUUCUCCGCGGCGUACACCACCAACUUCAUCGCGCCAUGGUCGCACCUGGCCACGAGCAUCCGCAAGCCCGUGAUCGCCGCCGUGUCCGGGUACGCGCUGGGCGGCGGGUGCGAGCUGGCCCUGAUGUGCGACAUCCUCUACUGCACGGCGACGGCGACCUUCGGGCAGCCCGAGAUCAAGCUCGGGGUGGUGCCGGGCGCGGGCGGGUCGCAGCGGCUGACGCGGGCCGUCGGGAAGAGCAAGGCCAUGGAGCUGAUCCUUACGGGCAAGAACUUUAGCGGCACGGAGGCCGGCCAGUGGGGGGUGGCGGCCAAGGUGGUCGAGGGCGGGCUGGAGGAGGUGCUGGCGGCGGCGGUCGCGACGGCCGAGACGAUCGCGGGCUACUCGCGCGUGGCGGUCGUGGCGGGCAAGGAGGUGGUCAAUAAGAGUCAGGAGCUGGCGUUGCGCGAGGGCGUCGAGUUCGAGAGGCGCGUGUUUCAUGGGUUGUUUGGGAGUCGGGAUCAGAAGAUUGGAAUGGAGGCUUUCGCGGGGAAGAAGAAGCCGGAAUGGUCGAACGAAUAGGCGGUUGAUAUCCGUUUGGAGUCUCCAGGUGAGGUAGCAAGCUGUUGCGGAUGUGUUUCUCACAUGAUAUGGUCCCUGUCCGUCAGUGGAGUGGUAGCAACAUCCCAAUUGGAAUCAUUAAUCGUG